AUGGUAGAUCAACCUUCAUUGUAUAAAUAAAAAAGAUAAUUCAGUUAUUAUUCAAAAAACGUUGAGUAGACUGCUAAGAAUGUGAUCUCAAUUUAUAAAAAAGAUAAUGGUGACUAAGAAUAUGAGCCACUCAAAGCUCAAGAUUGGACAAAAAAAUUAGCAACUGAUAUAACAAGAGAGAUACAAAAUAAAAAAUGCCUCGAUGAGACCAAGUUCAAACUGAAAGUAGAUGUGAUGAUUCUUGAUAAAGAUUCAGUAGGAUUUCAUAUGAGUUCAUCAUGCCUCUGGGAUAACGAGGCAGACGGCAAUAUAAGUAUCUAAGAAGAUUUCGAGUCUUAUUACAUUAUUGUCUCUAUUUUUGGAUUCUUCAGACAUUGA